GAGAGCAGAGCACAGAGAGAAACUGACAGAGGAGAGGACACAACAGAAAUGACUCAGACGGACAAAGCCAAGCCUCGGCCACCCUGUCACCGGAACUGCAGUCCUGUUGCAAGGGACAUCAAAAGGUGUGCAUCACAAUAAAUGCUGUGAGAUCUGGAAGAGAGCAGCAGGAAUACACAGAGAGGCUCACACUGGUCGAUGCAAGGGUCAACAGCACUACCGUCUACUGUCAAGGAGCCAGAACUUUCUAAGCAUACAGAUGAACUGACCAUGAUUUAAACCUUUGGAUUAAGCCAUUCAGGGAUUACAAUCAUUUUAUUUUACCACUGCAUCAGACCAUUCACAGAUAACCCAAGAGGGCAUUUAAUAGAAAGCUGCAGAUUGUUGUUCCCAUGGCGAGCAUUUGGGUCUCUAAACUGGGAACCAUCUGCAGCUCCAAGACUUUGCUUUUGCUGUUUUCCAUCCUGCUGUUCCAGCAACCUUUCUGUGGACAAAGCAACCCGAUCUCCAACACCCAUCAGAGGCAUCGCCCUGCUCCGGGGCUGGGAGACGGGCAUGGAGGAGUGGUGGAUCCAUCAGUGCUGGAGCAGGACAACACCAUGAGCAUGCAGAGUCUGCUGGAGAGCCUGAAAGAACAGUUCCUGCGGACUUUCAACCUGUCUGGCUUGGGUUCUCCUUCCCUGCCUCCUAGAAACACUCGUGAAGAGCCACCUGAGUACAUGAUGGAACUCUACAACCGUUUUGCUAACGACCGCACAUCCAUGCCUACUGCCAACAUCAUCCGCAGCUUCAAAAAUGAAGAUUUAUCUCCGAGUGUUGUGGGUGUUGGAGGAGUGAGAUGUCACCCACUCCUCUUUAAUGUGUCAGUCCCACAUCAUGAGCGCAUCACAGCAGCAGAGCUCCGCCUCUACACCCUUGUCCAGACUGACCGCCACCUCUAUGCUGGUGUCGACCGCAAGGUCACUAUCUACGAGCUAGAAUUGCAUGACGGAGAUGACAACAUGACUGAUGAAAAUACUGUGAGAGGUGAUGGAUUCAAAGGAGGCAGAGAGCGCAUAGAGCUGAUGGAGUUGGCUUCACGCCAGGUCUAUGGCACCGAUAACGGCUGGGAGGCCUUUGACCUCAUGUCUGCUGUUCAAAAGUGGCGCAAAUCUGAUGCCGGUACUACACACCGGUUGGAAGUACAUAUUGCCAGCAUGGUUAGUGAAGAUACCGCCAAUGGUAUGACAGCGGACACCAGAGACAGGGAUCCACCUGAAGGGGAUAUGAAGAUUGACACCAGUCGUGAAGAAAAACACAAACCUCUGUUGAUUGUUUUCUCUGAUGACCAAAGUAGCGAUCACCGUGAUGACAAGCGCGAGCUUAAUGAGAUGAUUGACCAUGAAACUUCUAACAUGGUUCUUGAGAAUGACUUGGGGAUGGGCCUGAAUGAUCUUUGGGGGGAGGUGGGGAUGGGCAGGGAUGAACGAGGUGAAGAAGUUGAGCCAGAUGAAGAGGACCUCAUCCAAAUGCGCUCCAAUCUGAUCUAUGACACAGCAUCCCGCAUUCGUCGCAAUGCCAAGGGAAACCACUGCAAGAAACAAUCUCUGUACGUAGAGUUCAAAGAUAUUGGAUGGGACAGUUGGAUUCUCGCACCCACCGGUUACGAUGCCUUUGAGUGCACUGGUAUUUGUUCUUUUCCGCUGACAAAGCAUGUCACACCCACCAAACAUGCCAUUGUCCAGACUUUGGUCAACAUCAACAGUCCCCAGAAGGCUGCACGAGCUUGUUGUGUGCCCACUAAGCUGGACCCCAUCUCCUUAUUGUACCUAGAUGACACAGGUGUGGUCACCUACAAGUAUAAGUUUGAAGGCAUGGUGGUGGCUGAGUGUGGCUGCAGAUAGUUCAUGCUUUGAGUUUAACUCUUCAUAAAGUCUUACAGUAGGAGGAAAGACACAGAAAUCACAAUAAGCUAAACUGUCAUUAAGAAAAGGAGACUUGUUGGAAUAUCUGUAAGAGUUACUCAGUGAGAUUGGAAGUGAACAUUCACUAUUCAUAAAGACUAUGUGUACUCUGAAUGUGUGUCAGCUGCCAUCAGUCAGACAGUGGAGAGACAGAGGACCACAGAUUCACAGUCAGCAAGUUGCCAAUAGUAAUGCCACGGAUGUGCUCAUACCCACAAGAAUAAAAAGGCACAAGAUUUGUCAAAGGACCGAACCAAGCACAUUCUACAGUGUGUGCAGCCUGGUGGGAACUAGUGCAGUUAACUAACAGUUAUCCCCCUCCUCCUCCUUCCUCCUGACUUUUUUCUUCCUCUCCACUUAUCUCUGGCCUCCCCACUAGAUGCAAACACUAAUCAGCACUUCAUGUGUCCUGGCGCAGUGAAAUGACCUUCCUGAGACAACCUGACAAGACAUGAACUCUCCAGUCCCACCUCCUGUCUCCUGCAGCCUCCUGAUACGUAGGCGCUGUGCAGGGGUCCUAGUGGCAGGGUUAUCUAUCCCAACCCUGUUUCCCACUUCAUAUGUCUCUAUUCCACUCCCCCGAGCUGCAGUGAUAGCAAUGUGUGGGGGGCUGAGAAACAUGUAUGCCACCACUCAGGCUUGGAGAACUGGACACCAUUCUGGGCACCAUUUCAGAUGGUGGAACGAGGGAGUGGGACAGAACGAGGGGGCAGGGGUUGUCCACAUUCCUAGGCAACAAACUAUCUUAACUGGAUGACUCUCUGACCUAGCACCAUGUGCCCCAAACAUAUUUCCAGCUCCUAAGUUGAGUCACAUCACUUUUAUGGUAGGAAAUUGCCUUUUUGGACAUUAUAUGAAGGCCAAAAUCAAGAGUGGUAAGGGGACUUGUUAUGGAUACCCAAAGGAAAUACAGUUACAGAAAUACAGUUCCUUUUGUUAAAAGCAUUUUGAUACCUCUGCUGCUUGUCUCAAAGAAAGACUAUUUAUUGUUCUAAUUUAUUAAUUUUUACAACAGAAUAUAACUAUAUAUGUACAUUUGUAAGUAACGUAGCAGGGUUUGUAUCUGUGACAAUGCAUUUGCAACACAAACUUAAUAUUGUUGGGAAGAGAAAUCAUAUUUCUAAAACAAUAAAGAACAAUAACUUAACAAAUCCUAAAUGAACAGCCUCCUUAAUCAUGAAUUGCCACACAUUUUUCCAUGCAGAAUUGUAUAUGAUCCAUUCUCCAUGUUACAAUGAUCAAUUAUCAGUCAAACUGUCAACUUUCAUUUCCUUUAUUUUAGGAAGAAGCUGUUUGACCAGUGAUAAUGCAUUGCAGACAUUCAGAUCAUUCAGUUCAACAGUAUCAGCUCACAGGCCAUAGUUCAUACAUGACACACAAACAAAGAACCAUGGGAAACUGAGUGGAGGGUCUGCUAAUGAACAAAAUGGACGGUCUGCUGCUCACACUGACAGCUAACAGAUGCAAACAGCUGUGAUAGAAAACCUGUUCGUGAAGCGUAAAUGUGAACAAAAAACAAACUAAUCUGGUCUGGACAGUAUUUCUGUUUUCGCAAAAGAUUUUAUGAAUGUUAAACCAGGUUGCAAGAGCAUUGUGUUGUUCAUGUACCAAUGCACACUGAAGAUAAAUAAAUGAUACAGAUCUGAAAUGUGUAAAAGAAUGUGUGUCAUGUUCUAUGAAAGGGGAGAUGACUAAGACUAACAUAUAGAAAUGUAAAGAUUUGACUGUGGUCGGGAGGUGACUUAUACAGAUCUAGGAGAAAGCAAACAGAAGAUUGAUACCACUUUCAUGAUUAUACGUAAAACAUGAAGCUAGCUUAGCUUAGCAUAAAGACAAGGAGGAGUAGGAAACAGCUUGUCUGGCUUUUGCCAAAGGUAAAAUAAAACAUGUCUAAAGCUCACUAAUAUCAUGUUAAUCUUGCAUGAUUCGUUCAUAAAAAAUGAAGUGAAACAACAACAAUUUGUAGCUUUAUAGGAGGUUAUAUGCUGGACUAUUUCUUUGCCGGGUGCAGUGACUUCCUCGGGUCUUGUCACUGCUGUGAGGUCGUCAGGUGAUUGGCAGAGAAUUGCUGAGCUUAGGAUAUUGGUAGUUGGGCUGUUUUACUUUGGACAGAACCAAACUUGAUGUUUACCCUGUUUCCUCUUUCUCCUGUCUGUAGCUUCAUACUCAGUGGACAUAUAUGAGUGUGGUGUCAAUCUUCUUAUCUAACCCUUGUCAAGAGAGCAAAUAUGCACAUUAAGCGGCCUUUGCAACUCCUGACCAGAUAUUAUAGAGAUUAGCAUAGUUUUAUGUUGCAAAAUGCAGCUGAGAGGUAUAUUAUGAGGGAAAUAAGUUAUGCAAUCAUUAUACAAUAAGUAAUAAUGAUGCAGUGCUACCUCCUAGUGUCUCAUGAAAUCAGAUUUAUGUUAUUUAUUUAUUCAUUUUUUAAAUAUUAUUUCUUUGGCCUUUGAUUUAUUGAUAGAUAGAAGAUAGACAGGAAAUGUGGGGAGAGAGAUGGGGAAUGACAGACGGGAAGGGGUCAGGUUGGGAUUCAAACCUGGGCCUCCGCAGUGAGCCUUCACAUAUGGGGCAGCUGCUCUACCGACUGAGCUAAACACCACCCCUAGAUUUAUGUUAUUUAUGUAGAUGACUGUACAGUAAAAUAUAUUUCAACAGUGUAUCGUAACUGAGGUUGCAGUUGUAGAGGCUUGUUACAGUCAUGCUGUUCAAAUCUUUCUCAAAAAAGUCUUUGGCAACAGCCCACUAAUGACAAGUGCACUGAGAUGUUUCAGAAAGCAAACAAAUCGGAUACUCAUGCAAGAUGAGAGCAGAGGUCAUCUAAAAAUGGUUACAGACCAGAGGGCAAGAACCUCCAGCCAGUUACUCUGACAACAGAGAGUCUCAGCCAAGUAAAGCUCACUAAUUGAAUAUUUACAGAAUGGUGCAAGAAAUAUGAAUCUGGCCUUUGUCACUGAAUGGCAAACUUUCUGGAAAUAUGAUGAACUGGGAAGGUUUUAGUAUUUGUGCUAAUGAUAAGGUCUGGUGCGCUCUGUGCUUUUUCUCUGUCUUGUUUAGACAUGCCUCCAUCUGUCGGUUUAGCCUACGUGAUUAACUUAGGCGCACACCUCACAGAAGAUAAACAAACUGACGACUCCCAAUGUACAGACAAUUAAAAGUACUUCAGAAUCCUACAAUGCCCAAGUGCCUGACAUCAUGACGUUGGCUGCAGGAAUGCGACUGUAAACAUGUGUGUGUCAUCCAAAGCUUGCAUGGCUCGCCCUGACUCUGACAUGGGGACUGUAAUAAGGCCUGAUUGUUUCCGUUUUAGGUCACAUGCUUAUCAUUCCAUCUCUUGGCAACAACACCACCCAGUAGUCAUCGCUUACUCUUUCCUCUGUGUCUCUUCAUUUCCCAGGAAAAGUACAUUUGCUUACUCAGUACUGCAUGGACCACAAGAGUGCCUCCUAAUGUGUAAACACCUUUUAAGAAUUAGCAUUGAACUGUGAUGUUGCAACAUUUCAAAAAGCCCAAUGAAAAAAACAGUGAUUUAAAACAGAUGUUCUUUGUAGUUCACAUGCUUACACAGGCCUGGAAAUGUGAUCCUCAGACUGAUUUAUCAACAAGAUUACUACAUCACUGAAGUACAAAUCAAGACAAUACUGUGAUGAUGGUGAUGAUGAAUGUUACAUUUUAACAGAAGUCAAGACCAUGGCUCAAGUGAAACAAUGAUUCAUAAACUUCUUACCGGUUUCUAAGAAUUGCCCCUGUUUCCCAUGCUAAGUCAUUGUCAUACCUCAUGGUAUUGUGAAAGGAGCUUGAACAUUCUUCAGUUCUUAUUUUCCUUUUUCAAAUGAAAAGGGCAUUAAUGAGAAGCGCUUAGACAUCCUCUGGCAUGAACCCAGCCAAAUUCUUAGUAAAAUAAACAUAUAAUAAUGCCUUUCUUUUUACAAAAACUGCACUUGCAAAUCAUAUCUGAAAGGCCUCUAAUCUUGAAAACACAUGGUUUUUAUUGCUUAGUCAAAUCCCAGCGUAACCAUAUUUAAGGAGUAAGUAGACAGCUGAGAGGCCCAAAACAUAAAAUGCAUUAACCACGGCAGCAGCACAACAGAAACCUGAGCCUGAGGUGAACAAUGAUACCACCAAGUCUGCAUCUCGAUUUCUUACAUUUUUACAUGCUCAUUCUCAAACCCAAUAUUUGGGUAUAGUUCAUGCUCACACUGGAGACAGUUCCACUGCAAUAUUUGGGUUUCACAAAAAUAAAACAAACCAGUUGCACAUUUCUGGCAUCUGGUCAUCCCUUCACUGUCCUCAUCUUGUGAUACUUGCUGUAGAUUUAUAGUUUAUGGGCUUCAGAAUAAUGGGCCAUCAGACACCAACUAACACAUUGCCUCUUGUUUGUUUAAUUUAUACAAAAAUUUGUGGCCUUAUUGAUUUUUAUAUGCUAGUAUUUCCUAACCCACACUACACCCUUAUAAAUAAAGGUCAGAGAUUUCCAAAGAACAUUUAAAGAUGAUUAAAAAAGCGCCAAAAGACCUGCAAUUGUGACUUAAAUAACUUCUGCGAAAAGGACAAAAAAUGUUCCCUUUAUCUACACAUUAAUAGUGACCAGAAUGAGUCCAAAAAGGUAUUUAUUGACUGCUUCAUUGACCCAAUCUGUUGUCUUCCCUUUGCACCCAUGAAGUAAUGCCUUGCUGCAAAACAGCUGUAGAUGUGUACACUAAAAUGGCACUUGCAGAUUUUACAUGGUAAAAAAAACCCACAUGUGAACAUAAUGAUUGUCCAUGAAGUGAAAGAUCAUAGUCUUGUUAGAGGAACUGGUCACAACUCUCAAAGUGUCUUGAUAUGUGACUGAAAUGGCAGUAGUUGAUUGGUUUGCUGUAAGCUGUGGGAUCAUAUGUUCCUCGUGUGUGUCUUGUGUGUGCCAAUGAAAAGACGAUCAGGAACAAACAAAAUCCUCAGGAAAUAUCCUUCAUUCCAUCCUGUAUGCUUUGCAGGAUGCAACAGU